GCACAAAUGAUGCCACUCUCUCGUGUGUUUUCCCCGCAUGCAUCACUUCCUGGCUUGCUACCACUCUCGGGCUCAUUUUCACUCAAAACACAGCGAAAGAGUUGUCACAUUUUGUGUUGCGGACACCUCACUUCCGUCACGGCAGCUGCAGUUGGUCGACACCGUUCCACUUUCGCAGUUUGUCGAGCAAAACUCAGCUAUAGUCGUUUGGAAAUGUGAUGAAUUCGGCCGUGUUUGCUGUCGUUUUGCUCUUUCUUGCCUUCAUUCAUCCCUUGGACUGUGGUAAAAAACGAGCGAGACGUUUCGGCUUAGGUGGAUUGGUGAAUAGGCAAAUCAUCAAAAUUAAAACUUACUCGCAUCGCAGUGAACCGCGAUCCUUCAUAAUAAAAUGCUGUGGUCGAAGGAAAUGCUCAAAAUUAAAUAAAAACAAGAUUAAAAACGGGACAUCAAAAACUGAUGGUUGGCGUUCUGCCGUCAAUGGGCCGUCUUUCAAACCUGUUCGGAUCGGAACAAAAAAGUACAUGUUCCCGUAUGGAAAGGCUAAUUACGAGGGUGCCAAGAAAAUUUGUGAAAAGGAAAACAUGGAAAUAGCAUCUUUCGACAGCCCCGAUGAAGUCUCCAAAAUCUCUGAAUAUCUUCAGUACAUUGGAUUGUCCGACGACCCCGUUCUUUCGUCAAUAUCAGCAGUGGUUGGAGGAGGAGCAUUUUCCAACUGGGGAUCCGGAAGUCCACCAGGUGGCCCUGGCGAUUGCCUCGUGCAGCAGGAUGGGAAGUUUUACAACGCUUCGUGCAGUGCGAAAAGCAAUUUCGUCUGCGAGGACCCAAAAGAAGUGGACAAAUCUUCUCUGGGCUUGGACUCUUUAUCCUCGAUUGAAGAUGCUGUUUUGAACUUUGUUGGAGGAAAGAAUUUGGUCGUUCCCAGUGAAAGGGCAUCGGUUCCCGAGGCUAAAUCCAUGUGCAAAGACCAAGGCUUGGAGCUAAUGUCCCUCGACUCUCUCACGCAAUUGGAUUCUGUUCAAGACUUUCUCGGAGAUAUUGGCCUGUCAUCCUCCACGCUUUUGACCUCCAUGUCGAAAGUAACCGACGGUGGCUCGGAUUGGUUGGGAGAUUUGGCCUCUGCACUUCUUCCACCUAAAGACCCUUCAACCGACGGUGAUUGUUUAGGUCUGAGCACCCUCGGUCUCACUGGCGUCUCGUGCGACAUGGUUUCCAACUUUGUUUGUCAGGCACCUGACCCUCCUGGAUUCAAACCGUCUCCUCAGCCUAAACCGACUAUUGUUAAAACCACAAAGGCAGCUUUACUGACCAAAAACGAUCUAACUUCUUCUGGAUCUGACACUGAAGCGACUGGACUCCCAACCAAAGAGGAUGCAACCGUUCAAGCAGAGGAAGAGACUACUGAAUCAAAAGCAUCAUUGGAAUCUUCUUCUGGGUUUGACAGUACGUACGGAAUUCAACCUGAAACGACCCAAAGCGAUGCACCAACGACCACAACCACCCAAACUACAACACAGGUCAUCGUUACAACUUCAACUACGCCUACUACAACAACUAGAAGCACCACUUCAGUGGCAACAACUGUCGCAGGAACCACAACUACUACUUCACCAACCACAACCCUAACAACAACAGCAACAACAACUACAACAACUCUUCCGCCUGUAACUGUGACGAAUUAUACCACUGGAUCCAGAAUCACUAUUUUGAUGAAUGAAACCGCAACAUACGAGGAAGCUGUUAAAAAGUGCAAGGAAUUGAAUAUGAAAUUGUUGACACUGGAUUGCUCAGGGGAGUUAAGAGAUUUUAUUUUGAAAACUUCAAAUAUAACGGAAUGGUACAACGCUUCCUACUUUCUCGACUUGAAAUUCAUCAACGGAUCUUAUGUUCCUUGGACGACUGUUGCGAAUGCUAAAACUUACAUCAGAAACACAUCCGCUUUCGGAGAAUGUGUCACUGUCAAACAAGGAUCCUUGUGGUUCACGCCGUGCGACCAAAAAGCCUAUUUCAUUUGUGAAACUAUUCCGCUGGCGCAUACGUCAGUUAACUACUCGGUCUCUGGGAGAUAUUUCGUGCCUCUUCCCACCCGUAUGUGCAUUGAUGAAGCCAAUUCGUACUGCAACUCAAUCGACGAGUCGGCCACUCUGUUGUAUUUAGACAUUCCUUUUGAGCUGGAUGGAGAGGCAUUUGACCUUAUUACAUCUUUAAAUUUGGCAAACGAAAGAUCGUACGUGAAAUCAACUCCCCAUAGCAAGGACUGGAUUCUGUUGAACAACAAAAGCCAGUUGGGCUGGGCAGACAAUCACCCAAACGUUUCUGCUUAUGGAAGUUGCAUUGCUACUUUGAAAGGAAAAUUACUCUCUGAAUUCUGCAAUUAUCAACUUCCAUUUGUUUGUGAAACAACCAAGAAGAACUUGACGGAUCAUUACAUCUUGAGAGCCUCUGGACGUGACUACUUGAUUUCAGGCUAUCCGGUAAGCAAUACAAUCGCUGAAGCCUGGUGCCAAAGCUAUGGACGCGCGUUCUUGAUAAUUCAAACAUCAAACAAGUUUCAAGAGAUUGCAGAUUCUUUGUCACAUAUCUCGGGAUCUCUUUCCAAAGGAAGCGAAUAUUUGGGAAUUGGCCUUCGAUUUAUCGAUCGGGCUUGGAAAUGGUCGAACGGAAGCUUGAAAUUCGAAAAUGCUCAAGUUGGAUGGUAUUAUAACACCCCUUCUAGCAGUUCCACAGACUGUGCUGGAUUUUUAAGUCAAGGCAACGCCGUCAAGGCCUUUGACUGCUCUACUAGGUCGAGGAUCAUCUGCGAAUGACUUUUAGGCCAUCACAAGAGCCUGAAUCAUGUGAUUAUUUAAGCCGUUUGAAAAUUAAAACAUAUAAAAAUCUUCUUAACUCUCAGAACUAUCUUAAUCCGUCUUUAACUCGCACGCAAAUUAGUAAAUUUAUAGCUCUCAUAUAUAUUACAAACGUGUUUUGAUUAGAUGUGAAAAUAAUUAUUUGUAUUGCGACCAUUUGAAAUAAAAACGUUGCUGCG